AUGGUACCGUAUGUAUGUGUGUAUUUGCAGAGCGGGUACCUCGGCGGGCUGCGGUCUAGCUUGGGCGGGUGGACGCAGAAAGUCAAGUCUUGGUACUGGGGCAGACCUCUCCUGAGCCGCAGCUUCGACAUGAAGGAAGACCACGGCCUUCAGGAGGGGGAGGGCGGCAUGAGGCGCCACCAAUCGAUGCAACGGCUAGCCAGGGACGGCCUGGCGGAGGCCAGGGACCCCGCCAGGGUGGCGCACGACGAGGAAGGCAACCUGCGCGUGACGGUGCGCAAGACGAAGCCGAUUCUGGGCAUCGCGAUUGAGGGGGGCGCCAACACGAAGCACCCGUUGCCGCGGAUCAUCAACAUCAACGAAAACGGAGCGGCGUACCACGCUGGCGGCCUCGAGGUGGGCCAGCUGAUCCUCCAGGUGGACGGCAACCGCGUCGACGGCCUCCAGCACCAGGACGUCGCCCGGCUGAUCGCCGAGUCGUUCGCUCGCCGAGACCGAGACGAGAUCGAGUUCCUCGUGAUAGAGGCGAAAAAGAGCAAUCUGGAGCCGAAGCCGACGGCGCUGGUCUUCCUCGAGGCCUAA